AUGACAGCAUCGUUCAGGGCUCCAGCGAGACUGGCGCUGCUGCUGCUGCUCACGCUCUGUGUGCGCCUGGCCCACGGUGACGUGUCCAUCUCGAAGCCAUUGACAGGGCAGACGUACGAGGUGAGCGACGGUGUCGCCAAGGUGUCGGUGACGUGGAUCGAGUCCAACGCGCAACCAAAGCUCACGGACAUCGAGUCGUACACGUUUGUGCUGUGCACAGGUCCCAACGCAAACAUCAAGGCUGUGAAGACGUUGGCUAAGCAGAUCAAGGCGUCGGACAUCUCUGGCUACACCUAUGACCUGUCCAUCGACUCCGAUGUUGGCCAAGAUGGGUACUAUUACAUCCAGAUCUACGCGACUGCGACUAACGGCUGGACCAUCCACUACAGUAACAGAUUCUUGCUGGAAGGCAUGACGGGCUCGUACGAGCCUACUGUUGGUGCAGUGACCAAGCCACCAGACGCACAGACGUCGCUGGAGAAUGGUGAUAACACGAUGGUGUCCAUCGACUCUAGGUCGUUCAGUGUGCCUUAUCUGUCGCAGACGGGCAGAACGAGAUAUGCCCCAAUGCAGACACAGCCUCCAACCAAGAUCACCAUGGAUAAGAGCUCCUGGACGCGUCGCUUCCCAACUUCAGAGGUUUCGUACUUCACGUCCUUCUCAUCAAGUUUGGCACAGGUGACGACGAUAACUCCAGGCUGGAGCUAUACCAUCAGCUCUGGCGUCAACUGGGCCUCUCAUGCUCCUGAUCCAAGUGCCAACGGGGGCUGGUACGCUGCCAGUGAGAGGCUUACGAGAACGCCAACUCUCACACAGGCUGCGCACACUGCAGAGGCCAUUGUGUCGACGUCAACGUCCUGA